CAGAGGAACCUGACGGGGAAAUGAUGGAGUCGGUGUUGAGCCGCACGUCGACGUAAAUAAACCAGAUAAACAGCAUCAUGUUGGCCAGGAAGGGCCUCCUGCCGGACGGCUUCCUGCUGACCCGUCUGGCGGAGGACCAGAACCAGCCGAACCGCAGCCGCUCCAGAUCCCAGAGAGCCCGCUUCAUCACCAAGACCGGAUCCUGCAACGUGGCCCACAAGAACAUCAGAGAGCAGGGCCGCUUCCUGCAGGAUGUUUUCACCACCAUGGUGGACCUGAAGUGGCAGCACUCGCUGCUCAUCUUCACCUCCGCCUUCCUCUGCUCCUGGAUGCUCUUCGCCAUGAUCUGGUGGCUCGUCGCCUUCGCUCACGGAGACCUGGAGCCCCGCGACCCCGAUGGUGGGCCGGGCGCCGUCCCCUGCGUCACCGCCAUCCACUCCUUCACUUCGGCCUUCCUCUUCUCCAUCGAGGUCCAGGUGACCAUCGGCUUCGGCGGCCGGAUGGUGACGGAGGAGUGUCCGCUGGCCAUCACAGUGCUGAUCAUCCAGAACAUCCUGGGGCUCAUCAUCAACGCCGUCAUGCUCGGCUGCGUCUUCAUGAAGACGGCGCAGGCCAACCGCCGAGCGGAGACGCUCAUCUUCUCCAGGAACGCCGUCAUCGCUCCUCGAAACGGUCGACCAACCUUCAUGUUCAGAGUGGGAGACCUGAGGAAGAGCAUGAUCAUCUCUGCCACCGUCCAGCUGCAGGUGACGCCGCACAACUCACAGCCGCCAAUCAAACGCUGA